GCAGCAGAACUUGGUCUGUACCUCCUGUGCGGUGGUUACACGCUUGCUUGGUCGCCCGCUCCAACCAUUGGGGUGACUCACUGGUGGUGAAAUUAUGGUUGAGCGGUGGGUGAAGUCAGAGCCCCCAUCAUCUCUGAUUUUGUGUUCGGUCUUGACCAGCGUCAGCGAACGAUCCGCGAUGUGCAUGUGCGUUUGCUGUUCCCGCUGCUCUCUUCUUGUUCCUUCUUUUCCUGCGGUUCUUCCAGUUGAGUUAUUCUUGUGAUGCCUUGGCUUGCCCGCAAACACGCAGAGCAGAGCUUCAUGUUCUGCAGCUCUGAGGUCCUGAGCAUCUGGACCAGCAGGUGCCUCAACGCAACACCAUGGCAUGGUCGCAGAGCACCUGUCUCCCGAUCUGUCCUCACAGGGCCUCCACUCCCUUGCUUUAGCUUAUGUAAAAUCAGGCAAAUAUCCUGCUGGAGACAGGAAAUGAGAUACAGUCAAUAGAUCUGCUAUGUCUGUCUGUGUGUCCUGCUUGCGAUACUCCCAUCCACUCAACCGGUGGCACUCUUUGACCUGUCAGAGACACAUCGCUGUGGAAGUGAGAUCAACCUUGUCCUGCCCAGUGACAGCCAGUAAAGUGCCCUGCAGUGCUGGUUCAGAGGUCACCAGUGCUGGUGAUGCAGGCCUGACCGCAGGGGACCAUGUUGCCAGGAGUGGGUGUGUUUGGGACAGGGAGCACAGCACGGGUCCUGGUGCCACUGCUGCGCGCGGAGGGUUUUGUGGUGCAAGCACUGUGGGGCCGGACAGAUGAGGAAGCACGGCUGUUGGCACAGGAGUUCAACAUCCCUUUCCACACGAGCCACACGGACGACGUGUUGCUGCACCCCGACGUUGACCUUGUGUGCAUUAAUAUCCCGCCGCCCCUCACGCGCCAGAUUGCCGUCAAGGCCCUCGGUAUUGGUAAGAAUGUGAUGUGCGAGAAGGCUGCCACGUCAGCAGAUGCCUUCAGAAUGGUGACAGCAGCACGCUACUACCCUCAGCUCAUGAGCCUCAUGGGCAACAUGCUGCGCUUUCUGCCCGCCUUCGUGCACAUGCGCCGCCUGCUGAGCGAGGGCUACGUGGGCGAGCUACAGGUCUGUGAUGCACGCGUGUACGGGGGCAGUCUGCUGAGCGACACCUAUGGCUGGACCUGCGAUGAGCUGAUGGGUGGCGGUGGCCUGCACUCCAUGGGCUCCUACUUGGUGGACCUGCUGAGCUACCUGACAGGCCGCCGGGCAGAGCGGGUCCACGGGCUGCUGCGCACCUUCGUGGGUCAGAACGGCACUAUCCGAGGCAUCCGGCGGGUCACCAGCGACGACUUCUGCUUCUUCCAGAUGCUGAUGGACGGGGCUGAAGGGAAUGGGGGCAAGGUUAGCAGUGGCGGUGGGGUAUGUUGCACCGUCACACUCAACUUUAACAUGCCGGGCACCUUCGUGCAUGAGGUCAUGGUGGUGGGCUCAGCUGGCCGCCUGGUGGUCCGUGGCACAGACCUCUACGGCCAAAGGAACAGCGCCUCCCAGGAGGAGCUUUUGCUGUCGGAGACCUCAGGAGUGGGGCUGUGCGACAUCCCUCCCCCCUAUCUGAGGGGAAUGGCCUGUAUGGUGCAGGCACUGCGCCUCUCCUUCCAGGGCCAGGAGGACCGGCGCACCUGGGACCUGCGGCCCAUGGCUGCGGCCGCCACCUUCGAGGAUGGGCUGUACGUGCAGACUGUGGUGGACGCAAUUAAGCGGUCUAAUCGCACCGGUGAAUGGGAGCGUGUGGAGGUGAUGACAGAGGAGCCCGACACCAACCACAAUCUCUGCGAGGUGCUGCAGCGGGCAGGGCCUGGGUGUUAAGGUGGGGUUUAAGCUACUCUGCCCUUCACACGUCAGUUUCUGUCCUUGCCGAGCUACGCCUAGUGAUUUUGGUCCUCGUGGGUGUGAACACGGUACCCCUUGUUCAGGUUUCCAACAGAGCAGGUCUCCAGGUUUGUGCAUUCAGCUCCUGUCCUGGAGAGCCACAGACUGACAUGUUUUAGAAGACAUUUUAACGGACACCUGGUAGAACACAAGUGAUUAACAAAGAGCUGCACUGGGGCAAUACCCAGCAUACCCUUAGCUUUGGACACUGACUUCUUCAGUGCUGCCCUAGCAGGGUGAGGGGAGCAGGAUUCAGGGAUGCUAGCCACACCUUCCCAUUCAGAGCCCCCACUGCCUGACAGGUCAAGGGUGAGAGGUCAGAGAUCAGCCUGCUGUGUCAGAGCCACUGGAACCAAGCAACUGGAUGAGGACCCACUGGGUUGAUUCCCAGUUCAUAAUGAGAGGCAGGAAUGAGGUUCACUCCUACUAUUUCCAUGGCAGAAUCUGUGCGGUCAGUCAAAUCCAGGCUACUUUCUCAGGUUCACCACGUUGCCAGCAGCCAAACAGCAGUCUUUCAGAGUGAAGUGUGCAGUUUUCUCAUUCGCAGUCAAGGGUAACUGAAUAUGAGCACUGAACAUAUGAACGUGUGUUUAAAGGUUCCCUAGCAGUUGCGUGGAAAUUUCUGGUCCAUUUCAGUGCUGUUUUGAGUCUUUCACUUGUUUUGAUUAGUCAGUUGUGCUCAGGUGUCCCUCCCCAGGGAGCAUAGGAACCUGUUCAGUUUGUGGCAGAUGUGGGUCUGUUGUUCCACACACUGAACGUGGUCAUACCUGGUGCUUUUUUGCCUUACUGUAACCCCCCCCCCCCCGCAUGUAGGACACCCCUCACGAUGACUCCUUCCCUCAGCACAUGCUCAUUACAGUGUGUGCACUGUACCAACGCACAUCCCACCUGCGUGCUUUGAUGUGAGCGGAUGGAGUGUACUUGCAUUCCACAGGAGGCUCUCUGUUGCCUGCCUCAAAGCGGACCUGUCUGGACAUCUUUAGUUCAGCUGCCAAAAAAACUCCUUAAAUGCAAGGUCACCUAAGUGUUCAUUUGUGCCUACUUUUUUUUUCUUUCCCCCCCCCCCACACAGGGGUGUGUGUGUAAUACAGAAAUUCUAACCAUACUAAGAUCUGAAUGUGUGUGUGUGUGUAUUUCAUGCCUAC